AAAUCCAGACUGAGAGACCCUUUAUUAAUGGCGGUAAUCUCUCGCAACAUUUUUCACAUUUCAGAAAACGGGUCAUUAGCUACUUUCUUAUUCCUAUAUAAAUCAACAUGGAAGUUAUAUCAAAAGUGGAGAGAUUGAAUUUACUGUUGAGCGUAACCGACACGGCUUUCAACUCCGACCUUCGUUCUGAUUUUUCCUCCUUGGGAUACUUACUCAUCAUCACGCAGGAAAUAACCCCUUUGUACGUUUCUCUGUAGUUUCAGCUCAAGACCCAGACAACUUUCACUGCAAAAAGUUCAUUCGGAUCUGGGUUUUCAAAAACAUCCAUAUUUUAUUAGAAACAAAAAGAGCUUUUAAUUAUCAGAUUUGGUUUAAUAUACUUUAAACCGAGUUCUAAUUUUGUUGGGUCUUUUUGAGUAAAACGUAGUAAAUUGGUCUUUUUGUGGAUUGGUUUAGGGAGACUCAGAGAAAAUAUGGGGGAAAGGCUCGGGCUUUUGCUGUGUUUUUGGUUUAUGCUAUGUGGGUUUUGUGUGGCAAGGUUUGUGGUAGAGAAGAACAGCUUGAGAGUGUCUUCACCGAGCUCGUUGAAAGGUGUAUAUGAAUGUGCAAUAGGAAAUUUUGGGGUUCCUCAGUAUGGAGGAACUAUGCUUGGCAUUGUGACGUACCCCAAAGCCAAUCAAAAGGCAUGCAAGAGCUUCGAUGACGUAGAUAUCUCUUUCAAGUCGAAGCCCGGAGGCCUACCCACCUUUCUUCUUGUCGAUAGAGGAGAUUGUUACUUCACCUUGAAGGCCUGGAACGCACAGAAUGGUGGAGCAGCUGCUAUUCUGGUUGCAGAUGACAGGAUUGAACCAUUAAUUACCAUGGACACUCCUGAAGAGGAGAAUGCCGAUGCUGAUUAUCUACAGAACAUCACCAUUCCUUCAGCUCUUAUCAGCAAAUCUUUGGGGGAUAGCAUCAAGAAAGUUCUAUCUAACAGAGAGAUGGUUAACAUAAAUCUUGAUUGGUCCGAGACUCUUCCACAUCCUGAUGAGCGGGUUGAGUAUGAGUUUUGGACAAAUAGCAAUGAUGAAUGUGGGCCAAAGUGUGAUAGCCAGAUCGACUUUGCCAAGAACUUUAAAGGAGCAGCUCAAAUACUUGAGAAGAAAGGGUACACUCAAUUCACCCCGCACUAUAUAACUUGGUAUUGCCCAGAAGCUUUUAUUUUGAGUGAACGGUGUAAGUCUCAGUGCAUCAAUCAUGGGAGGUACUGUGCUCCAGAUCCUGAACAGGAUUUUAGAAGAGGCUAUGAUGGCAAGGAUGUUGUGGUUCAAAAUCUACGCCAAGUUUGCUUCUUUAAGGUGGCAAAUGAAAGUGGAAAGCCAUGGCUUUGGUGGGACUAUGUGGCAGAUUUUGCAAUCCGUUGCCCAAUGAAAGAGAAGAAGUACACUGAAGAAUGCUCAAAUCAAGUUAUUCAAACGCUUGGCGUUGAUCUCAAGGAGAUAGAAAAAUGCGUUGGAGACCCUACUGCAGAUGUGGACAACCCAGUUCUUAAAGCUGAACAGGAUGCACAGAUUGGCAAGGGUUCUCGUGGAGAUGUUACUAUAUUGCCAACUCUUGUUAUAAAUAACAGACAGUAUAGAGGUAAGUUGGACAAAGUAGCAGUUCUCAAGGCCAUCUGUGCAGGUUUUGAAGAGACCACAGAGCCUGCCAUUUGUUUAAGUGGAGAGAUAGAAACAAAUGAGUGUUUGAACAACAAUGGUGGCUGCUGGCAGGACAAGGGUGCCAACAUAACUGCAUGCAAGGACACUUUCAGGGGAAGAGUAUGUGAAUGCCCUGUUGUGCAAGAUGUGAAGUUUGUUGGAGAUGGUUAUACUCAUUGUGAAGCUUCAGGAGCUUUACGUUGUGAAAUUAAUAAUGGAGGUUGUUGGAAGAAAUCCCAGGAUGGCAUGACUUACUCUGCUUGUGUUGAUGAUGACUCCAAAGGUUGCAAGUGUCCACCAGGAUUCAAGGGUGAUGGAGUCAAUGCCUGCGAAGAUGUUGAUGAGUGCAAAGAGAAGCUGGCCUGCCAAUGCCCAGAGUGCAAAUGCAAGAAUACAUGGGGCAGUUAUGAGUGCAGCUGUGGCGGUGGCUUGUUGUACAUGCAAGAACAUGACUUAUGUAUAAGUAAAGAUGAUACAACAGUCAGCUGGAGCUUUGUUUGGGUUGUUAUUCUCGGCUUGGCUGCUGCUGGGUUCGGGUAUGCAGUUUACAAGUACAGGAUCCGGAGAUACAUGGAUUCUGAAAUACGAGCAAUCAUGGCGCAGUACAUGCCAUUGGACAAUCAAGGAGAGGUACGUAAUCACAUGUCCCGUGGCAAUGUCUGAAAGUUGGUAGAGAGAUGUUGAAAGGUGCAACUGAGAUGAUGUGAAAAUGACAAUCACCAACUCUUGAAGUUGAUACUUACAUUCCCCCCACAUUGGAUUGAGUAUUGGGGGAUGGUAAUGUUUCCAACUCAACAGGGUUUUUCUGUUUCUCUUCAAGUAGCAAGUUUGUCCUCGUGUUCUUACUACUUAUCACUGUAGAUCUGUAACCUAAUGGAUGCACAUAUAUUAUAGAAAUUAGAAAUUGUUCUCCCAA